AUGAGAGAUAUACACUACCAAAUAAUUCCCACGGCAGAGGGGUCAACGUUAACAACCAAGAUUAGGGGUGUCGAUGCGCGCUACUUGGCAACACAUGUCCAGAAAUCAAUGCAUUCAGCGAGUACACCGAAACGAUUCAGCGCCAGCUCGUACAAUAUAUGCAACCUCGAGCUACAAUAUUACGAUCGUGCCGCACAGGUCUGGGUCUCAUCGAUGGAAAGCUUAGCUUUCAGCAUCAGCGACAGUAUAUGUACUGAUUAUGGGAACUCAGUCUUUUUGCAGCUCGUGCAUAAAUCCACCAAGUCACCUAAUUGGCAUCUUGGCCUCAACAACAAAAUCCUCAUGGUUGAAGAUCCAGAUGGCCUUUUUCAGCUUGGAGUGUUCCGACGCGAUCUCCCCUUGGGUCUUGAGUCUUGUUACGAGAUUAUCAAGAACCAUUACCCGCCGUUGAAUUUGCUCAUCGCAAACUUCAAGUACACGGGUAGUGACUUUGAGAAAAACAUGAAAGCUAUUGGGGACGAGGAGGAGACGCAGAGGUGGUGGAAGCUCACAGAUGGUAUGCAGGAGAUCUUUAAUGACGAUUGGGGAUUCUUUGCAUCCUUGAAUAAUUUGGCAUAUAGGGCGUAGAAGAAGUCUUCCGUUUCGAGGGAGGUUCUUCAGCAUGAUGUGUUGACAACUAUCGUUGAUGAGAUUGACUACCUCUUCGGGCUGUCGACUAGUUGGAAGGUAGUGGUGCGAAUAUUGAAAAGGUAGAGAAUAAGGUAAAUUCGCCCAAGGCAAGGAUGUGACUGAUUACAUUGCUCAAACUCGAUGUGAAACUUAACUUCAAGACAUGGCAGAAUUCAUCGGC